UCGCUCCUGAGGAUCACAGAGGUGUUGUAGGACGCUCUGCUGUCAACAAAACCUUGGCAGGGAGGAGAGUUGAAUUAUUCAGAGAUGGGCUUUGGAGAAGACUUGUGGUGCCCCCAGGCACAUGCAGCCGUCAUGAGGCUGCUGGACUCAGAGCUUCACCUGAUGGAGGUCAUGAAGAAGUGGAUGGGUCAGCGGGCUAAGAGUGAACGGGAGUUUUCUGUGCAGCUGCACCACAUGGCUGCCAUGGUGGAGAAGCUGGACAGACCACAGAGCGGUGCAGGACAGGACUACAUCAGCCAGCUCAACAAGUCAUGGGGAGUGCUGGUCUCUCAGACCGAACUCCUGAGCCAAGUGAUGAAGAGACGCUCUGAAGAUCUGCUGAAUGGUCCCCUCAGCAAAUUGACUCUGCUCAUCAGAGACAAACAGCAGCUCCGCAAAACCUACGCAGACCAGUGGAACCUGCUGAGACAGGAGCUCAGCAAGGUGACUCAGACAGAGCUGGAGAGGCUGAAGAGCAGCUACAGACAAGCAGUGAGAGAUGCAGCUCAAGCCAAGAGGAAGUACAUGGAGGCUUACAAAGAUAAAGAGCGAGACAAGGCUAAAGAGCGUUACAUAAAGGCUUCACUGAAACUCUACGAGCUGCAUAAUGAGUAUGUGCUGUCCGUGCAAGCUGCUCAAGUUUACCAUCAGCAGCACUACAGUCAGAUUCAGCCAGCUCUGCUCAGUGCUCUGCAGACCCUGCAGCAGGACAUGGUGCUCAUACUAAAGGAGAUCUUCCAGGAGUAUUUUGACAUCUCCACUCUCCUCCAUCAUGAGGUGGUGCGGAUCCACAGGGAGAUGUCUUCUUCUCUAACAGCCAUCGAUCCCCUCAAAGAGUAUGAGAGCUUCAUCCACCAGAACAGGUCUGUGGGGGAAAUCCCUGCCUGUGUAGAGUUUGAUUGUAGUGUUCAAGAGGAAACUGAACGGCUAAAUCCAAGAGAGAUUGAACUGAACGAUCUCACGCUAGAAUCAAUUCAGCACAAACUGACGGCAGUAGAAGAGGAGCUGCUGGAUCUGGCUCGGACUCUCGGCUCUCAGCAGACCUCCGUGGAGCAGCUGGAGCUGGAACUGGAGGCCGAGCAGGAAGGUGUCAAGAAGGGCCAGAGGGUCUACCAGUUCAGCAAGAGACAUGCUCUGGAGGAGUGCCGGCAGCAGGUUGCUCUGUCUCAGGGCUUGAGGGCCAAACUGGAGGCCCAGAGGCUUCUUCUGAAGGAGAAACUGGACCAGCUGGGAUCCAGAGAACCACCCUCUGCUUUGAAACUUGAUGGAGACACCAGCUCACUCCCAUCAAACACAAGCAAUAACCACGGCCAAAUUUCUUCCAAACUUGUGGUGGACGGUAUCAUCAACAACCUGAGUGGCCUCUUUAAACCUAAAAGUGAGGCGCCUCCUGUUCAGGCGGUGGACCGUCCCCUGGGCCAGCAGGACUGGUACCAUGGAGCCAUCCCCAGACCGGAAGUCCAGCAGCUGCUGAAGACUGAUGGAGACUUCUUGGUGAGGAAGAGUCAAGAGAAGCAGGGUUAUGUGCUGUCUGUGCAGUGGGAAGGAGCCUGUAAGCAUUUCCUCAUUCAGAACACAGAUAAUCUGUACCGUCUGGAUGGUGAAAGCUUUCACAGCAUCCCGCUGCUGAUCCAUCACCUACAAUCAUCACGACAAUUCAUCACUAAGAAGUCUAACAUAGUGCUGAAGAAGCCUGUACUAAAGGACAAGUGGGUCCUGGACCAUGAUGAUAUAGUCCUGGGACAACUCAUUGGACGGGGAAACUUUGGAGAAGUGUACAGUGGUCAAUUACGUUCUGAUAACUCUCCUGUAGCUGUGAAAUCCUGUAAAGAGAACCUUGCACCAGAGCACAAGAACAAGUUUCUGAUGGAGGCCAGGAUCCUGAAGCAGUACAACCACCCAAACAUUGUCCGUCUGAUUGGUGUGUGCACUCAGAAACAGCCCAUCUACAUCAUCAUGGAGCUCAUUCAAGGUGGAGAUUUUCUUUCCUUCUUGCGGCGUGACAGUCACAGCCUGAAAACAAAGGUGUUAGUCAAAAUGACUGAAAAUGUUGCAUCUGGCAUGGAGUACCUGGAGAGCAAGAAGUGCAUCCACAGGGACCUGGCAGCCAGAAACUGUCUAGUUGCAGAGAACAACGUGGUGAAGAUCAGUGACUUUGGGAUGUCCCGUCAGCAGGAUGAUGGCGUCUACUCUGCAGAGGGUGGCCUCAGACAGGUCCCUGUCAAAUGGACGGCUCCUGAAGCCUUAAACUAUGGUCGUUUUACUACAGAGAGUGAUGUGUGGAGCUUUGGCGUCUUACUUUGGGAGACUUUCUCCAUGGGAAUGACACCUUACACGAGCAUGUCCAACCAACAGACGAGAGAAGAGGUGGAGAGGGGAUACCGUAUGCCUGCUCCACACAGCUGCCCUGUGGAAAUUUCCAAUAUGAUGAGCAGUUGCUGGCAGUACGAUGCCAGAAACAGGCCAUCUUUCAAGAAACUUCGGACUGAGCUCAGAGCCCUUCACAACAAAAUGACAUGA